AUGCUAAGGUAUUUUAUAUUUUUCUUUCUAACGUUCGGGGUGUCAUUUUCGCAGCCUGUGGAGGUUGCGAGUGCAGCGAACGGAUGGAUGACGUCGUUAACGCGAAAGGCAACAUCGAUCGACAAAAUGAAGUUGAAAGAAACAACAGACUCAAAGUACAAUCGGUACAAUAAAGUGGAGGACAUGUACGACGACGCAACGGCACGUGCCAGAGUUUAUGAAAAGGACAUGGCGAAACGCGAUAAAGAACAGAUCAAAGCGCGUGACACGUACCGAAAAAAAGCGAAUGAGUGGAGCAAUAAAUGGGUGAAGACUGACGUUAACGGACAGUGGAGCGGGAAGAAUUUUGGAUCGGAAACACGAGACAAUUUUGGUGAGAGAGUGGGGAAGCUCACGACGAAGAAAGUCGACGUGUUGAAGCAAAAAGGAGGUCCAAUGAACACACCAUCAGCAGAAAAGUCGAAAUUGUUUUCAAAACCACACAUAGCAGAGGGUUGGAAAACACUUGGAGGAGCUCUUGAGAAGAAAGAACAAGCAAAUAACACUAAUGUGAAUGCCAACACCAACGCGACUGUAAGUGCGAGUGCCAAUUCGAGUGCGAAUGCUAAUAAUACCACAACCACAAACGGAACAACCACAAACAAUAAUGCAAACAACUCGUUGAACAAUACCACAAACACUGGAUUGAAUGGAAGUACAAGUCCCAAUGUUAGUUCUUCAAAUGUUACAACACCAACUGUCGCUAGUUUGAAUGUGAGUUCAAAUGUUAAAAGUCCGAGUUUAAAUGGCGUGAACGUAACAGGAGGACUAAGUCCGAGUGGUUCAACUCAAGUCAUGUCUAAUUCACCAACUUCGGGAAUAAAGAAUGGUGGUACAAGUGGUUCAACGCAGAAUGGACUCUUCGUAAGUGGUUCAGCCAUGUCGUCAUUACCAAGUGGGACAUCUCCAAGUGUUAACCCCUCCCUUCCGGGUGUGGGAGGGGUUAACACUUUUUUAAGCAAACAAAACGGCCAACCACAAGGUGACCAAGCAUUAACAAUUGCAAUGGACAGGAGUGGUAAACUUGCGGGCAUUGAAGAAGCUAAAAAAGCCGAGUUACUUGGGUAUGCGAACCAGAAGCGCAUAUCAGACGCGCAGAAAGGCAUUAUCGAAGGAAAAAUGAGUAAGUUGUACUCGGACUACCAGAAAAAGUUCUUUCCUUAUCAAAAGGUCCGACCACUUGCAAGUGGAUUUGUCAACAACGCUCCGAAGAUACGCUUCCACCGCACUGUUAAACAGCACUACAUCAACAAAGCACGUGCUAAAAGUUUGUUGGAACGAAUGAAAAUGGCACGAAAGAAAAUGUCAUUAAAUGCUGAUAAUUCUGAUUAUUAUAAGACUGAGAUAGAUUGGAAAAGUGAUGAGAAAUUGAACGCCUUUUUGAGCAACGAUGACUGGAAAAACUCGAUUGAAGAACGGUACAGAAAAGAGAAGGAAGAAAUCCAAAAAUCAAAGGAGAAAGAAUUCCAAAACGGCGAAGUCGAGAUUGACACGUUGAGGCGAGAUGAGAGGAUGCACCUCGACAGUAUAAAGGAGAGUGUAAGAAAGGCGGAACAAGAGUUGCAGAAAAGGGCUGAAAAAUUGAGAAACGCACUGGCUGAAGAACGAAAAGUCAACGAAAAAAGGACUUUAGAAGUGCUUAGACAAAAGGACGAGGAAUUCCAAAGAAAGAAAGAAGAGAUGAAAAGAGAGUUUAAGAAGGUGAUGGAGAGUGCUUUCGAUGAGAUGCAAAGGAAGGCAUUGAGGAAAUGGGGUGCUGGAGGCAAUUCCGACUCGGAAGACUUGAAAAGACUUAAAGAAGCAAGUGGGAGAGUCUUGAAACAGCUCAAAGAAAAAAAAUACGUGAGCUUGGUAAAUCAAUCGUAA